AUGGGCAGAGGGUCAAACCACUGGAAUGCAUGCAAGGAGCUCAUGGCGAAAUGGCCCCACACCAAGCAUGUGCUGUGCGCCACGCACGUGCGCGACCUCCUCAUGGAGGACGUGGGGCAGAUGCCGUGGGUGAGGGGCAUUGUGGAGCGAGAAGUAUAUCUCAUCUGUUUCAUCCGCAACCACCACUUCACCCGCGGGUACCCGAGGAGUAGGGCGGUGCAGGGCGGGAAGGGGAAGCAGGGGCUGAAGCCGGCGGGCACCAGGUUUGGCACACUGUACAUACCCAACUCACAGCUGUGCGAGGUCCAGUUACCUGGCGAGACGUUUCCUAGAGGGGGGUACGUGGGUGUGCCGGAUGGAUACGCUGAGGCUUGGCCGCACGCCAAGAGCUGGCCCAAUGUCCCCCAGAAGAAAGGGAAGGCAAGGCGAGGGGAGCAGGGGUCUGGAGGGAUCGAGCGCUUCAUGACGACCAAGCUGUCUCAGGCGCACCUUCGGCAGGCGAUCGCCAAGCUGGUGGUCACCUGCGACCUUCCCUUCCGCAUUGUCGAGUCCGAGGCGUUUCGAGAGCUGUUGGUUAUCCUCAACACCAACUGCGCAAAGAAAAACUUCAUCCCAUUGCGCUGGACGGUGUUACGCGACACAGUGGUGUUUGCUGAGGCUGCCCUCCAGGCCGCCGUUGCAGAGCUGAUGGCGAAGGAGGGGGAGUUGGGAUGCAAGAUGUCAUUCACCAUUGACAUGUGGACGGCACCCAACGGCAAGGCAUGGCUUGUAGUGACGAGUCACUGGAUCGACAAGACCUUUCAGCUGCACACUGCCGUGCUAGAAUUCCGCGAGAUGCUUGGGCGUCAUACUGGCGAGGAGAUGGCGCAGGUGGUGGAGGAGAUGAUGGUGCAGUGGAGGUUGCAGGGGUGCUGUCUUGGUCUCGCGACCGACAACGCCUCUAGCAACAUUGCAGCAUUCAGGAGGGCCAAUUUUCGCUUGGGGAGCGUCUUCAAUGGGCAGGAAAUUGGGUGGGACGAUGCAAUCGCGACGAGGAGGCGUGAAGAGGUGCGGGAAUGGGAGUCUCAAGGACCUGGCCCAGUGACGGAGGAGCAAGGAACACGAGGAAAGGAGAAGGACCCGGAUUGGAGGCCGGCUCCGGGGGAGGCGGCCGGCACGAGUGGAGGAUCGGGUGAUGAGGGUUGGGGAGGGAGAGGAGGGGGCCAGGCUGGUGGCAGUGGCGCGCGUGGCAGCGGUGCAGCAACAAAGAGGCCACGCACGAGUGGGCCUGUGGGGUCGGGAGCUGGAGGGGCCGGGCCGGCGUCGAGUUCGCAGCCGCAGGGGGCAGCCGCGGGUGGUUCUGAGGGGUCGGGCGCAGCAGGGGCAGGUACCUCCGCCGCUGCGGCAGGUGGUGCACCUUUGGGUGGGUCUGCGGGGGCUGAAGCAAGCCAGAGAUCCGACAGGGCGGGCAGGACCCCUACCGACGAGGAGCUGGACCCAUGGACUGAGGAGGUGCUUAGGAAUGCAGAACCCGGGCUGGUUCGUGGCAUGUUCAGUGAGAAGGAUGUGAAAGAGGCUAGGAAUUGCAAGAUUUGCAAGAAGAAGAUUAGCUGGAAAGGUAGUUGCACGAGCACGGGGAAGAGACACCUCAAGAGGAGCCACUACCCCAGUCUGCAGAUCUGGUGUCGGCGUUUCAAGGAUCCAAACAAGCCAGACAACCUGACGUUUCCCGAUGGGGGAUGGGGUCCGGAUGUCCCCGACCAGACAGCGUGGCCUUGGGAGCAUGCAGCCACGUGGCCCAGGAUUGUACAGACACCAGACAGCGCAGUGACUGGCGGAUCCGAGGCUGAUGGGAGUAGGCAGAUGAGCAUGGCCGCAUUCGUCACGCCGCGUGUUCAUGGCCAGCAGUUGCGCGAGGGAUUGGUGCAGCUAUUUGCGGCAGCUGACCUUCCGUUUCGACUUGUUGAGUGUCGUGAGCUACUGGUGGGUGAUGGCCUGGCGGGAAGGAUGUCCCUCACCUUUGACAUCUGGACCGGUGAGAACAACGUGGCCUUCAUGGGGGUGACUGCCCACUAUGUCACCAGCGAUUUCCAGCUGAAACAGGCUGUUAUAGACUUCAGGGAGCUUAAGGGCUCUCAUACGGGGGACUUGAUAGCCGAUGAGCUGGAGGAGGUGUUGAGGGAGUGGGGCUUGGAGAAGAUGUUGUUCGCCGUGACGUGUGACAACGCCGAGAACAACAGCAGGGCGAUGCGUCUGCUCGCCGGGCACCCACCACUGCUCAGUCGCUGGAGGCACUUCAGGUACUAUGGGGCUGUCUCCGUAAGGGGUCCUCCGGGUUCUCGGCGACCAUCGGGUCCGUUGCGUUUGAUCGUGGACUGCCUGACGAGAUGGGGUUCUACACUCCACAUGGUGAACGGGGGCUUCGAGCUGCGCAUGCCCAUUGCCAUGUUUUUCGACGAUUCAGAUGUACGUAUGUACAACGCGCUGAUUGAUCUGCAGGAGAAGGCACAGCUCACUCCUGGCAUCUCCCCUCUGCGCUCAUCGCUGAUCACUGCUGCUCUGAGCAAGCUGGAGCGGCACAUGGGGGGUGUGAGCGAGGAGGCAGCGAUAGCCACUUUCUUGGACCCGCGCCAGAAGCUCGCACCCUUCAAGCACCGAGCCAGGGCAGCAGAGGGGAAUUCGAGAGGGGCGACACUGGAGCUAGGACCUGAUAGGGUGAAGGCCCUGGUCCGGGCGCGCCUUCCAGAGUACCAGGCAGCCAGCACCACGGCGCUGGGAGAUGGUGGGGAGGUAACUAGUGCGAGGGGUGCAGGGGUGCAUGCGUCGGCAGGGGGUGGGGCUGUGAAUGCAUCGGCAAAUGUCAGCAUCCAAUAA